GUCUUCGUGCAGCAAAAGUGCUUCAAAGCUGUGCAGGUUUUUGCACGACAAACACUGCUGUCCCCUGACCUGGCGUUCAAUGCUGCCGCAUCCCAGAAGAUGUCUGCCUGGUUGGCCACACUGAGCACGGCGCCGUGGUGUUGGUCCUCGCACCAGCGCCAGACGCUCCAAGAAAUGUUGGAGCUCGCGCACCUGGUUUGUGGCGGCUCUGGACGAGAGAGUGGCCGAUCUGAUCAAGUUGCCCCUGACAGGGUGCUGAACGUCCUCGGAGAGCGGACCUCACGCUUCGUGGUGGUUCUGGAGGGAGUUCGAAAUUCUGCAAACCAGCAGAUGAUCCUGCGCACUUGUGAGGCUUUGGGCAUUCAGGAGCUUUGGCUGGUACCCCCGCCUUCUGGUGCCAAGUAUCGUGCCGCUAUGGUCAGAUCCCGUCACGCUUCCAGAGGAGCUGAGAGGUUCCUCACACUUCGGCGCUUUGCCACUGUCGAGGAAGUGGCCGCAUGCUGCAAAGCAGAAUCUCGUGAACUGUGGGCCUCCUACUGUCCACCGGCCAGGACAGAUGGCCCAGCCGGCAUUGUGGCUGUGCCUUUGGUGCAUGGGUCAGUGCCGCAUCCACUGCCUCGCCUUGCUUUGGUCCUUGGAACAGAAGGUGAUGGCAUAUCUGCAGAGAUGCUUCGCUGUGCUAAUCUCGCCGUAUUUCUCCCAAUGUAUGGUUUCAUGCAGUCGCUGAAUGUGGCCGUCGCUUGUGGAAUGAUUCUGCAACGGCUGUUUGAUCUUUGUCCUGAAGCUAGAGGGGAUAUCCCUCCAGAAAUUCAGAGGCACCUUGCGGCCAUGUUGCAUCACCUCCACAUAGGAGAAGAGGAGGAUCAGGAUGCCAAAGUGCAAUUUCCUCCUCUUGAGUAG